GAAUGGUCACUUUAAACAAAAAAUACAUUUCCCGCUUAGAAACAAAGAAAAAAAAACUAAAUUACCAACACUAAACAAUAGUCGCCAUUUUUCAUUAACUGCAAGCUGCAUUUAUACUGUGAAUUUUGCAGGUACAACGUAUUAAAAUAAACUAAAGCUCUUUCAAACGCAAAAACAAGAAAAAAAAUUCUAAACAAUGACUGGUCGUGGUAAAGGUGGCAAAGGUUUGGGAAAAGGUGGUGCCAAGCGUCAUCGUAAGGUACUUCGUGAUAAUAUCCAGGGUAUUACCAAGCCAGCCAUUCGUCGUCUAGCCCGUCGUGGUGGUGUAAAGCGUAUAUCGGGUUUAAUCUAUGAAGAAACUCGUGGUGUAUUAAAGGUCUUUUUGGAAAACGUCAUUCGUGAUGCUGUUACCUAUACCGAACAUGCUAAACGUAAAACUGUUACCGCCAUGGAUGUCGUCUAUGCUUUGAAACGUCAAGGUCGUACUUUGUACGGUUUUGGUGGUUAAACAAACUCUUAACACACAAUGUCGCAUGAGACAAUUUAGCGACAAGUAUUAUAUACACUUAAAAAUUUUAAAUUUAAACUAUAUAUUCCAAUAACCAGACACAAUUUGUAACUGUUUAAAGAAAAAAAAACAGAAGUUUCCAUUUUUCAAUACUUAAUGUAAUUUUGAAGAAAAAUUUCACAACAUUCGCUAAAAAAUAUCUACUAUUUGACUUGAUAAUUAACUUUUAAAGAAUAUUAUGACGUAUUUCAUUGUCUAUAUGUAUUAAUAAUCAUGAUGAUACAAAAUUAAAGCAGUUUAUUUGAAAA